ACAGUAACAGAAGAGGGCCCUACCAGCGCUGUCAUUGUAUUUAAAAUGAGUCUGCCUGAAGAUUGUCAGGAUAUCUGCUGGUUCUGCCGCGGUGAGCAGGAGCUCCCUGGAGACUGCUGGGAGGGGUUGUGGUGUAGGAAGGCUUAUAGGUGACUGCUCUCUUCUGCCUGCGCUCAGAGGGGGACUUAGCCACCUGCUCUAGUGAUGCAGAGAGGCUGUAUCUUCCAGUAAUCUGAUUACUGCUUAUGAGCCAUCCUUCUUAUAUCUCUGCGUGGUUACUUCGGCUUCAGCAUGUGCAUCUGUGUAGUGCAGACUGGAAAAGGUAAAGCCUGGCAAAGGUGUUAUAUUGUUUUUAUUAUUUUCCUCUGAUUUUUUUUUAAAGCAAUCUGCCUUGGUGAACCAACUCAUCAGUAUAUGUCAUUUUGGACUUCUUUUUUUAAAACAAUCUGCCUUAAGCAAAGCUUUUAAAGAAGUUUGCAGUUAUUUUUAUUCAUAUUGAUUUCUCUCGAACUGUAUUCAGUAAAUGCUUAUAAGCUAUUGCCUUGGAUGCCUUUUUAUCAAUUCAAGCAGUGUGGACUUGGUUUUCUAAAUUAUAUAUAGAUGGAAAGCAUUUAAGGAAGCUUAUUGAUCAGUUCCUUUGAUUAUUAACAUUUGUCUGUAGCCACGUGUGUCUAACUGACUAAAAAUCAAGCUAUGCCUUGAAAGAAGAAUGAAACAUUCUGUAUGUAUAUCAUAACCAAACAUUAAUUUUGGAAAUGUCAGCUUCGGGAAGAAAAGAAUUUGAUGUAAAACACAUCCUGCGCUUGCGAUGGAAACGUUUCAGCCAUCCAUCGCAAACCUCAGCCAGUAGCUGCCUUCCUCAGGACAGUUUUGAGCACUGGGGGCCAAGCCAGACUCGGCAAAAGAGCCAUGGUCAUGAGAGAAGUGUUUUUCGGAAAAAGUCUGGUGAUGUAAAUGGUUCGCUAUUUUCCUCUCCCAGAAAUGGUAGAGAUGGGAACUGUGAUAAUGACCAGCAGCGGACUACGUUUUAUGUGGAAGCAGUUGGGGAGAUGUCUAGAAUGGAAUUUACACGGGAGGUCAAGCCCUUUGUACAAGAAGUCAAAGAAGAAGAAGCUGACUCGGACUGUGAAGAGACUGGAGAGGGUUGUGGGCAACGAUUGUCUGUGGCCAGUUGGCCCUUGACACCUCAAACUGAUAUGGACUCUAGCAAUCCUGAGGAGUUUUUCCAAUCUGUGCAGCAUGCUGAGCAAACAUUCAGAAAGAUGGAAAACUACUUAAAGCAGCAGCAGCUGUGUGAUGUGAUUCUGAUUGCUGGAAAUCGCAAAAUACCGGCUCAUAGGCUCGUUCUAAGUGCUGUGUCAGACUACUUUGCUGCCAUGUUCAAAAAUGACGUGUGUGAAGCCAAACAAGAAGAAAUCAAAAUGGAGGGGAUUGACCCUAAUGCACUCUGGGAUUUGGUGCAGUUUGCAUACACAGGUUGUCUGGAACUGAAAGAAGAAACUAUUGAGAAUCUGUUGGCAGCGGCAUGCCUGCUCCAGCUCUCAAAGGUAGUUGAUGUAUGCUGUCGCUUCCUAAUUAAACUUCUGCACCCAUCAAACUGCCUUGGAAUUCGUGCAUUUGCUGAUGCUCAGGGCUGUAUUGAACUCAUGAAGGUGGCUCAUAACUACAGCACGGAAAACAUCAUGGAGGUUAUAAGAAACCAGGAAUUCCUGCUGCUUUCUGCAGAUGAAAUUCUUAAACUUCUUUCCUGCGAUGAUGUCAAUGUUCCUGAUGAGGAGUCAAUAUUCCACGCCCUUCUGAUGUGGGUGAAACAUGAUGUGCAAAGGUGUAAUGACCUUAGCAUGCUGCUUGCCUACAUCAGACUGCCACUUCUUCCCGCUCAGCUUCUGGCAGAUCUGGAGAAUAACAUUCUCUUCAAAGAUGACCUGGAAUGUCAAAAGCUUAUCUUGGAAGCAAUGAAAUAUCAUCUCCUGCCUGAAAGAAGACUUCUAAUGCAAAGUCCACGGACCAAACCGAGGAAGUCUACAGUUGGAGCACUGUAUGCAGUAGGAGGGAUGGACAACAACAAAGGUGCAUCAACCAUAGAAACAUAUGACCUAAGAACGAAUUCUUGGACACAGGCUGGGAUGAUGAAUGGCAGGAGGCUGCAGUUUGGAGUAGCUGUCAUUGAGGAAAAUCUGUAUGUUAUUGGAGGGAGAGAUGGUUUGAAGACUUUAAACACUGUUGAAUGUUACAAUCUGAAAUCAAAGAAUUGGACCAUUGUAUCCCCCAUGUCAACUCAUAGACAUGGACUUGGAGUAACACUGUUAGAAGGCCCUAUUUAUGCUGUUGGAGGCCAUGAUGGCUGGAGUUACCUGAACACAGUGGAGAGAUGGGAUCCACAAAGUCAGCAGUGGACAUUUGUUGCAAGUAUGUCUACUGCCAGGAGCACGGCUGGAGUGGCAGCUUUAAAUGGAAAACUGUGUGCUGUUGGUGGCCGUGAUGGAAGUUCCUGUCUCAGUUCAAUGGAGUGCUAUGACCCUCACACUAAUAAAUGGAGUAUGUGUUCACCAAUGUCCAAGAGAAGAGGAGGUGUAGGAGUCGCAGCAUGUGAUGGUUUUCUAUAUGCGGUCGGGGGGCAUGAUGCUCCAGCUUCCAGUCAUUGCUCACGGCUUUCAGACUGCGUGGAGAGAUAUGACCCAAAAACAGACACAUGGACAAUUGUUGCACCACUAAACUUGCCUCGAGAUGCUGUCGGAGUAUGCCUUCUUGGAGAUAAGUUAUAUGCAGUUGGUGGAUAUGAUGGACAAACAUAUCUGAACACAAUGGAAUCAUAUGAUCCUGAGACAAAUGAAUGGACAAAGAUGUCAUCACUGAACAUUGGAAGAGCUGGCGCAUGUGUCAUUGUUAUCAAGCAGCCUUAACAGUCUCAUUAUCAGGUGGCUAUACAGAAUGUACAAUGUGAAUUACUCACAAUACUCAGCCAGGAGUAGGGGGGUUGAGGGGGGAUGAGGACCACCCCAGAGUGCAGGAAUUGGGGUUAAAACCUGCAGAAAACGAGCGAUCAUCUUGGUUGUAUACUGUUCAUUUAAAUUUGAAUUACUUUGUGGUAAUUUGUAUGUAGUUUAUGAUAGAAGCAUCUUGCUUUUCAAUUCUGUAAACAUCAGAGCUUUCUCCUUAUGUCUUUGGUACUUCUCCUUCUCUAUCUACCAGUUCACAAAGGAUAUGCAUCAUAAAAUGGCUUAAAUAAAGACAGUGUUGGCCUUUCUUUCUUUCAGUUCCUAUCAAUGGUUAUGUUUACAGCAGAAAUAAAACGUUUGAUGGACCCUUCUUUUUAGUUAAUUCAGUUAACCAGUGAUAAAGCGGUUUUCACUGUAUUUAUAAAGGUGUACACAUGUUAAUGUUUUUAGAUAUAAGGAUGUCAUCUAUGAAAUGUCUAAGAAGUAUAGCAUACUUUUAUUUACAAAAUGUUUUUCCUAUGUUAUAUUAUUCUCGCCAACUUCCCAACUUCCUAGUUCCAGAUGCCAGGGACUGAGCAUCCGUCUACAGGAUGCCACUGUCUGUUUUUCACUCGUGGGGAAAGAAAAAAGCCUCCAUUUCCACCUAUUGAAUUCAUUAUAAUAGUAAUCUAAACAAAAAUAAGAAUGUUACAGUGCAUACGUCACUUCCAUUUUGCCCAAUCAUAGUACACAUCGGCUAUGUCAAUGGGUCACGGUUGAUGCUUGCCCACAAAAUUUGCUUUUGCACCAAAGCCUUAAGAAUCAUCCAUUCCCUAACCUAAGUUCCUCUCCACUGUCCGCCUUUCAUAUUCUUAUUGUAGGACUCACUUGACCCUCCUUUGUUGAGAGUGCUCCAUCAUGCAAUGCACAUCAAUCCAUUGAUAAGAGAAUGGAAGCAUCUGCCCCAUCUGCAAAGACCAAUACCAAACGUGGUAUAAAAAUGUUAUUAACUGAAUCUUCAUUGUGCACCAAGAAUUACUGUUCAGCACCUUACCUUUGUAUAUAAACUGAAUCAACACUGUAAGGCAUGUUUUAGAUCAACAUUUUGAACAUGAGACCAGAUAAAACAUGGUGCAUCAUGUACAAAACUGAGUAUAAUGUUAUCUUUUUAAUUUUAUGAAAUGUCUUCUCUUACUAUUAGUUACAUUGUUCUGUGUCUAAAGAAUGGCUUUCUAACAGAAAGAGUUUCUAACAGAACUUCAAAAUAUCAUUAUUAUUUCAUGCCUUUUCAAAUCAUAAUUUAGGUACAUUUACUAAAUACACAAGAUGAUGUCUUAGAUACAGUUUCCUGUCUUACUUAGAAAUAGGGAAUAAACUAACAAUUGUUAGAACAGAAUCUCGGUUUUGGACAAAACAAUGUUCCCGCUGUUCCCGCCUCUUAAGGGGAGAUGGAAGCCAUGCCCUCUGAAAGAGGAACUGGUGAUUCAACUGUGAUUGCUACUGCAACAGUCAGGUAAGUUUACCUGAAGUUUAAACAAGUUCAGGGGGAGUGAUCAAAGGAGGGAGCAAGUAGUAAUCCCUCCCCCGAAUCUCAAUUCUAAUUGUGCUGGAAUUGUCAUUUUUAAGUGUUUCAGUUUCUGGUGGUGUGCUUGUUAAAAAAUGUGUAUUGAUUGCAAAAGCAGGAAAAGUGUCCACAAAUGUGCAGAACAAUAAAGAAUAUUGAUAAGAGCUAUGUACUGUAGAAAGAGACCUUAAAAGUGAUAGUAACAUUUAAGCUGUUUUUAGUAUAUGUAAUAACACUUCUGAUGUAUAAAAUAAAGUCAAUGCAUUAUCUCUGCUCAGCACAAUAUAUGCAUCUUUAAGUGUCUCCAUGGUUUUAAUUCAGUUGGAAGCCCCCAUCUUUAAAAUUAAACUUUACAAGGGAAAUGUGAAUUUAAUAGUUAAAUAGUGUUUCAAAAUGUAUUAUGUCAAAAUGGUAUAUUGAACCUGAACAUAGAAACAACUUCAAUGUACUAUCAUGAAUGUAGGCCACUGUUGUUCAGUAAUAUUUAUUAAUGUAUGUAUUUAUUUAUUUAAAAGGUCCUAUGUUAAUACAAUAGCACAUUUUUUAUAGAACUAUCUAAAAUGCAUAUUAUGUAUUAUCUACAGUUCAUAUUUGAAACCAAAAUGAAAGCCUCAAAUGGUUUGCUUGUAUUUUCUCCAGAUAUGGACAUUGUAACAUAGGGCUCAUUGGUUCAGAACCACUCAUUUAUUUACACAAGUAUUUAUGUAUUUCACCUCAAAACUCCUACUAUCCAUGACUCAGUGGAAUUCCAUGAUGUAAAUGAUAGCAUGUUUCAAAUUGUGUUGAAAAAAAUAAA